AUGGACCCAAACUCCAUCUUGCUUUCUCCUCAGUCCCGGACCUGCUCCCACCUGGCAGAACCCUGUAUGGAAGGGGAGAGAAACCUGUCCCCCCAAGAGCUGGGUAGAGACUCCCCCUUUCCCUGGAACCAGGUCCCCAACUCCAGCCUCGCCGACCCCGCCUGGUUUGGGGAUGAGCACGUCCAGGCAAAGAGGGCCAGAGUGGAGACCAUCAUCCGAGGCAUGUGUCUGUCCCCUGGCCCUCCGGUGCCAGGCAACGCCCGAGCCAGGGACAGCCCGUGCUGCCCAGAGAAGGCCCGAGAGCGGAAGAGGAAGCAGAGCCUUCCCACGCAGCAAGGCCCCCUGAAGCCAGGCCCCACCCGGGGCGGGAGCAACAGGAAAGGGGGCCCUUGGGUGAGAGAACAACUUCAUCUGCUGAAGCAACAGCUAAGACAUCUGCAAGCGCACCUCCUACAGGCUGCUGAGCCCCGGGACACAGCUCAGGGCCCAGGAGGGGCUGACAAGGGGAAAGCCCCCCUGAGUGUGAAGCAGAGGAAUGGCUGUGGGUCCGGCCCCUGGGCUAUGGACAAUGACCACCACCAGGGUUCCAGUAAUGACCUCUCUGGGGCAGAAAAACAUAGAGUGUCUGAGGUCGAAUACCAGUCUGGGGAGCCCAGGUUCCUUCCUUCCGGAGCACAGGCUUUGCUGGAGGUUCUGAGGAAAGAACUGACCGGGGCAGUGUCCCAGGCUGUGGACUCAGUAUUACGAAAGGUGCUGUUGGAUCCUCCAGGCCACCUGGCUCAGCUGGGCAGAAGCUUCCAGGGGCUAGCGCCAGAGGGUAAAAGCGAGCCCUCACCUCCCGGGGGAGGAGCCUAUAAAGGUCCAUUUACUCUGGCCGCCUUGCCCAGAAGGGUCCAGCCACAAGCUGGGGUCCCAUUGGGAAACUUACCACUGGCUAGGCCUCCAGAUUCUCCUAGGUACCCUGUCUCUCCAAGAAUGAUCUCCAAAUCCUAUCACGGUCCCCCAGCAAACCGUCCCUUGACUGUGCCUUCCCACGUCCAGGAAAAUCAGAUUCUUAGCCAUCUGCUGAGUCAUGGACCCAAUGGCCAUUGGAGCGGUAGUCCUCCCCAGGACUCAUCUUCCCAAAGUCACCCUUCCCCAGAGUCUGCCCCACGGCCUUGGGGAGCUUGCAAACUGCGACCAUCGGUGUUGAGCCAGCAGCAGUGCCCCCUGCCUUUUACCUCUGCCCGUCUGGAAAGCCUGCCCCUUCCUCCCGCGGUGAAGAUGGAGCAGGGUGGCCUGCACGCUGUCUCGGAGGCACUUCCUUUCUCUUCCGUCCACAUCCAGGAGGGUCUAAACCCUGGUCAUUUGAGGAAGGCCAAACUAAUGUUCUUCUUCACACGAUACCCCAGCUCCAACCUCCUGAAGGCAUAUUUCCCCGAUGUUCAGUUCAACCGCUGCAUUACUUCCCAGAUGAUCAAGUGGUUCAGCAACUUUCGUGAGUUUUAUUACAUCCAAAUGGAAAAAUAUGCCCGGCAAGCAAUUUCAGAUGGUGUUACAAAUCCCAAGAUGCUGGUGGUUCUCCGAGAUUCAGAACUUUUCCGAGCUCUCAAUAUGCACUAUAACAAGGGAAAUGACUUUGAGGUCCCAGAUUGCUUCUUGGAGAUCGCCAGCUUGACAUUACAGGAGUUCUUCAGGGCUGUCUCCGCAGGGAAAGACUCAGAUCCUUCCUGGAAGAAACCCAUUUAUAAAAUUAUUUCGAAACUGGACAGUGACAUCCCAGAGAUAUUUAAAUCUUCCAGCUGUUCCCAGGAGCUGCUGCAGAGUUAA